AUGAACGAAGCGCUGCGCCCGCUCGAGCUGCCGAUGGUGUUCGACGCGGAUGCGCUGUGGCUGCUGACGCAACAGCCUGACCUGGUGAGGGGCUACCACAGCGCCGUGCUCACGCCCAACGCCAUCGAGUUCGCCCGCCUCUACAAGGCCGUCAUGCAUGAGGAGCUCGACGUCGACUGUUACGGCGAGCAGCACGCGCGCGCCCUCUCGCGCGAGCUCGGCGACGUGGCGCUGGUGAAGAAGGGCCACAAGGACCUGCUGGCGUGCGGCGACACCGCGCUGUGGUGCGCCGAGCCCAGCAGUCCGCGCCGCUGCGGCGGCCAGGGCGACCUGCUGGCCGGCACGCUGGGCACGCUGCUCCACUGGACCAGGAGCGCCAACCAGUCGCUGGCCGUCGACCCCCGCCUGCUGGCCGCCUACGGCGCAUGCGCACUGACCCGGCGCGCCUCUCGGCUCACGUUUGAGCGGCUGGGGCGCAGUAUGCUGGCGAGUGACAUGCUGGCGCAGGUGCACCCGGCCUUCGAGCAGCUGCUGGAGAAGUGAGUUGCGCCGGCGGGCGCGGUGGCUGGGUCGGGGGUAGGAGGGGGUAGCGUCUGCCGGUGGGACGCAGCUCGCGCUCACCUCCGGCGCUGGUGGGUUUGUGCUGAAGACAGCAGAUGGCGACGGAAGCAGCCAAGUGAUAUACCGACCGGGCGUUUGACACGGUAAUUACCAAUUGUCGUGUGGGUUGUUUUAGCCGCAAUGCUUCCCGAGAUUGCAUAUCUUCUAAUAUAACAUAUUGCUGGAGACGUACUGUUUCCAUGUGUUCUUGUUGGUGAACCCAAUGAUACGGCAAGAUGUGAGCGAUUACUAUUCAUUCACAAACGCGCAAAAAAGGUACUGAAGUAACGAAUACGGUACGAACACAAUCUCA